AGCUUAGAGCUUAACUAGCACAGCCAUGCCCGGGCAGCUACAGACACCACUGCACCGCUCUCCGGUGCUGCUGGUGCUGCUGAUGCUGCUGAUGCUGCUGAUGCUCUCCUGGCUACCGUCAGGAGGCGCCCUAUCUCUGGCCCAGGAUCAACUCCCAGCCUUGCCGGGACCCUCUAACGUGCACUCCAGUCUGGAUAUCUCCAGAUUCCGGGAGUUGCAGAAACGCUACGAAGAUUUCCUGACCCGGCUUCGAGCGAACCAGACCUGGGAGGACUGGAACCCGGACCUCAUCACCGCCCCUCAAGUCCAGAUACUCACUCCAAAGCUGCGACUUGGGCCAGGUGGCCACCUGCACCUGAGCAUCCCCCGGGUCGACUUAACUGAGGGGCUCCUCGCAUCCUCCCGCCUGCAUCGGGCCCUUCUCCGGCUGUCCCCGACGGCGAGGAGCUCGUGGGACGUGACACGGUCACUACAGCGUCAGCUCAGCCUCGAAGGCUCCCGGGCUCCCGUAAUACGCCUGCGACUAUUGCCGCGUGCGGACCACUUGCUGGAGGCGUUGCCUUCUACACAGCCCCAGCUUGAGCUGCACUGGCGGUCAAGAGCCGCCAGGGGACGUCGCCACGCGAAUGCGAACACCCGGGACGGUUGCCCGCUCGGGCGGGGGCGCUGCUGCCGCCUGCAGAGCCUGCGCGCUUCGGUCGAGGACCUGGGCUGGGCGGACUGGGUGGUGGCGCCGCGCGAGCUGGACGUGCGCAUGUGCAUCGGCGCUUGUCCGAGCCACUUCCGGUCGGCUAACACGCACGCGCAGAUGCAGGCGCGCCUGCACGGCUUGAAUCCUGAUGCUGCACCUGCGCCGUGCUGCGUGCCGGCCAGCUACGAGCCGGUGGUGCUCAUGCACCGAGACAGCGAGGGCAGCGUGUCACUCACGCCCUUCGACGACCUUGUGGCCAAGGACUGCCACUGCGUAUGAGCGGCCCCGGUCCUUCACUUAUGGCACGUGCGCAAUGGAAGUGACUUAAGUCGUCCUUGCCUUUUUAAUGGGCUCGUGGAACCUGAAGGACCCGAUUUCUAACCACUGCUAUCUGCCCCCUCCCGUCCAAACCGCUGUAUUUAUAAGUUUGUUAUUUAUUACUAAUUUAUUGGGGUGAUCUUCCCCGGGCCUAGAGGGCUGGGGUGGGGUGGUCUGACAGAGUGUGCAUUUAUGUAAAACUCUGGUAAUAAAAAUGAAACUGUUUGACCUGA